AUGUCGGCUCAGCAGCCCGACCGCUGGCUGUGGGUCCUCUACGUCGGCGACCCGCUCUGGCAUCAACGUAUGGAGUGGCGCCUCGCCAUCUGCACGCCCGACGGGGACGUGCACGACGGGGACUAUUCGGGCAUGUCGGCCGACAUCGCGGCCAUUCGUGUGUGUUCGGAUCGGAGUCGGCCUCCCGGGAUCACUGCUCAGGACAGCUUCCGCUUCAGGCGCGCUCCGACUGCUGCGGGGAUCACGGCCUUCCAGGCGGCCGGUGAGACCUGCGCUGCGGCGGCGCUCGCGUCCGAGGCGGCUGUGGCGGGCCAACCGUUUGUGGCGCCUGCGGCCGGCUGUGUGGCGCCCCUGCCCGCCGAUGGCGUCGACGGCGCUGCCGCUGCUGGACCCGCGCCCGCGGCGCAUGGCGCCGGCGCCGGAGCCUUGCUGCCGGCGGCGCCUGGGACGGCGGCGCCUGCUGCUGCGCUGGCUGGAACCGCUGUCGGCGCGCCUGCUACCCUGGCUCUGAACUGGGUGGUCAUUGAGAGAACGACCUUCGCCAAGCGGGGUGAGACGGUCCUGCCCCUGGCGAACGCGGUGGCGCAGGGUGACCUGGCGAUCGUGCAGACGCCGUCUGGCCUCAGCGUGGCCUUGCGGAACAUCCACGCCAUGGACGCCGGGGUGUUCGCGACGCUGGAGUCGGUCCGAAACCCGCGGAUCUUGGACGGCUCGGCCCAC